ACUUCCCCGUGUUGUCUGGUCCUGCAGGGAGUCCUCUACGUGGGGACCUCGGAGGGCGUGGUGGCGGUCCCGGUGGCCCGGUGCUCCGGGUACAGGACCUGCAGCCAGUGUGUCCUGGCCAGGGACCCGCUGUGUGGGUGGAGCCGCUCCACCGGCACCUGCACCGCCCUGGUCGCCGGGCAACACAACCUGACUCAAGACCUGGAGGACGCUAACAUCGGACAACAAUGUCGGGGACAGACCAGGAACAGUCUGCUCUCAGCCACAGAGGUCAACGUUCAUCUGAACGAAGCUGUGAGGCUUCAGUGUAGCAAGCCGUCCAACAUGGCCUCCCUGUCCUGGUCUUCCUCCCGAUCCGAGGUCCUGCCGGACCACCUGUUCCUCCGCUCCGCUGACGGCAGUCUGAGCUUCCUCGCCGCCGCGGACACUUUCGGGACGUACCGCUGCGAGGCGGAGGAAGCCGGGUACAGGGAAGCAGUCGCCAGCUACCACGUCCGGCAGAUUGCCCCCCCGCAGAGGCCCCCCCCGCGCUCCUUCAGCCCCUUUCCCAACGCUGAAAAACACCAUGAGAAGGACAGCAAAGAUGAAUCCUACGAAGACAUUUUCACCGCAGAACCGGAGACAUCUAAAACGGGAUACAGAGACACAGAGACACUUCCAGGCGUGCAGGAGACGACGGACCGGAGUGACGCGUCCCCAACCGAAGGCCUCGUGCUGAACCCCAGGACAGACGCCCGGUCGGGGGGGGCGGCUGCUGUCCCAGAGAAGAGCUUCUACAGCGAGUUGGUGGUGGUGUCCCUCCUGCUGGCGGCCUGCGUCUGUGCCCUGGUCCUCGGUGGAGUCCACGUGUGGCGCCAACGCAAAACGGGACUCAAAAAGACUCCCCUGGUCGGGCCGGGGGACGGCGGCAACACCAACCAAUCGCUGGAGAGCGUCCCGUCUCUGAGCAGCCCCGAGGACGCCGGGCCCGAGGUGAAGGUGGAGUAAGGACUCGGAUCGUAAUCCUACGCUGAGCGCGUGAUUGGCCGCCGAGGACAUGUCCUGGUCUGGGGGGA